AUGUCCAGAGUCAUCCUCAUCCAGCACAUAAACAUUCAGGUCAGCGACCGGGAGAAGACUCGAAAGUUCUACGAGGAUGUUCUUGGCGCCGAGUACCUGGAUCGUGGUCCGGAACUCAACGCGCGGCAGCUUCAGCUGCGCAUCGGCAACGGCGAGAUUCACACCACCGACUCGCGUAAUCCGACUCCGGUGCCUUCAGUGCAUUUCGCGGUGGAAAUCAACGACUGGGACGAACUGAUUGAAAACCUGGAGCAGUUGGAGAUUCCCUACACUACCACGCCGGGGCGGCGGAACGAGACAGAAAAUUCCUUUGGCCACCGGGAAUAUAGCAAUGGUUGUCACACCUACAUCCACGACCCCGACGGCAACAUGAUUGAGUUGGUCCAGCAUCCCAUGGGCAUUGAGGAUGCCGACGGCAACAAGAUAGACAUGCAGCACUAUGACGAAAGUCCCCAGUGGCGCCGUCUCCCGCAGUACAAUUCAGUGCCCGCCUAG